AUGGAGGACAACAAAGGUGUCCUGGAUCUCAUAAAGGACAGCAAACAUCACGAGCGGACUAAACAUAUUGAUACCAAGUACAUGGCACCAGAGACCAUGUCGAAAGCCGGCGAUACCCGUCUUGAAGCUGUUGCUUCAGCAGAUAAUGUGGCGACAUUUUUACCAAAGCUCUGGCUAAGCCGCAGUUUUAUAUUUGAGGAAUCUUCUGGGUAUGAGUACCCGUCCUCAAUCUUCUCCGCUAUGUCUAAUCACGGAAACACUACAGGAGUCAAUGAAGGACCCUCAUCCUUCGAGUCAGCCAGCACUGGAAGUUCUGUUGCCCACUCAACAUCUGAGACCCAUUCAAAGAACAACGCCAGCUCUUAUGAGACAUUCGCCGAUCUCCCUGUUCAUCGUCAAAUUGAUCUCGCUGACCGUUCUGGAUUUACCGUUAGACAAUUAACCAUUGCCAACAUACCAGUUUGUUCCGAAGGAUGUGAAGCUGAAUUAAAAGUCUUGGCAGACUUGACAGCUUACAUUAGAAACUCAAACUUCAAAGCUAGUCCUCCCCCAUCUCAAAAGUCUCUGAAAUUUCAGAGACGUUAUAUACUGAGAACAAUCACCUUGAGUUGCAUCAUUUAG